GAGGUGGUGGUGAUCACGGGCGCGAACACCGGACUCGGGUACGAGACGGCGAAGGCGGCGGCGAAGGCUGGACGACGGGUCGUCGCGGCGGUGCGGGACGAAGCGCGAGGCGAGCGGGCGAAGACGCGCGUGCUCGCGGCGGUGCCGGAGGCGAAGGUGGACGUCAUGCUCGUGGAUUUGGCGGAUUUUGAAUCGGUGCGCGCGUUCGCGAGGGCGUUCGAGGCGAAGUACGAUCGAUUGGACGCGCUGGUGAAUAACUCGGGCGUCAUGGCGCCGCCGUCGCGAAGCGAGACGAAGGACGGGAACGAAUUGCAGAUGCAAGUGAAUCAUCUGGGGCACUUUUUGCUGACGUCGCUGCUGCUCGACACGAUGGUGAACACGCCGUCGGACGAUAAGCGCAUCGUGAAUCUGUCGAGCAUCGCGCACAACUUUGGCACGCUCGAUUUCCACAACGUCAACUCGGAGGGAGUCUUCGGGUAUCCUUUUCUAGGAUGGGCCACGUACGGGCGCACGAAGAUGGCCAACAUCAUGUUCACGUUUGAGCUCGAUCGUCGAUUGAAAGCCAAAGGGGUGACGAACGUCGCCGUGAACGCCGUGCAUCCUGGCGUCGUCGACACAGAGUUGAAUCGUUCGCUUUCGCUCGACUUUUAUCCGCAGUUAAAAGCCGCGGGCAAACUCAUCACUCCGGAGCAAGGCGCGCGCGGCCAGAUCGCGUUAGCCAUGGACGAGAAGUACCGUGGCGUGAGCGGCGUGUACGUGAGCGAGCUGAGCGACGACGGCAAGCCGGGGGUGCACGAGCCGAAACGCGCCAACGAGCGCGCGUACGACGCCGAAGCAUGGGCGCGUCUGUGGAAGGACUCUGUGAAGCUCACCGGC